AUGCGGACGUCUCACAUCCUCAGCUUGCUAGUCUUCUCGAUUAAGGCCACGGAUCAUCAGCAGCAAACUAUUCCCCGCUUGUCAGUGGUUUUCGCGGGCAGAGAAGAAGACUUGGCAAAAGCUUUCAACGCGAAGCAGAAGCAAGUCGAGGUCCUCUCUCAAGAGAUCGAGAAGCUUGGACUUCCUUUUCGCGACCAGCCCUUCGUGGACCAAAAUCUUCUUCGUAAAAUUGCCGACAAGGGCGUUGAGAUCGAAAAGAUCCGCAGUGAAAAGCUUCAACUCCAGUUCAGCAUCAAACAGCUAUCUGCUCACCUUGAGGAAAUCCAGGAGCAAAUCAAGAUCUGCAGGGCACCCUUGCGUGGAACUUUGAAACAGUCUACCGUCGAAAAGCACACUAAAGAAGAGGCCCAGAAGACUAGCAAAGAAGAAGCAGCCAACGGUGUUGCAACUACCCAUGCAAGUUCGAGCAGAUCGAAGCAUAGCGCUCGGUAA